AUGCUGACCGUGAAAGAAAACGAAAAAGCGUAUCAAGAGCUUUUCGAAGCUUUCGGCGUCUUCGAGACCAUCGAAAAGGAUCUGAUCAAGAAGCGGCCGCGGCACCACCACCACCACCGCCACACGCCGCCGGAAGGGUCGAUCUCGCGUUCCUUUUUGAUUCAAGCGCUCAAGAGCCACGGCGAGCCGUUUUCCGAAGAAGAGCUCAGCCACUUCGUCAAGACGAUGGACAUUUCCGGCUCCGACGAAGCGCACUUUCACUACGCCUUUUUCGUCGAGUCCAUUACAGGUCGCGCGAUGGCUCUAGAACACGAAGAAGACUCAGAUGACUCGGACUAA